AUGGCAUCACUUGCACCGGCCAUUCUGCUUCUUACUUUUCUUCAAAUCUCACUUGCACAGGCAGUUCAAACAGAGGGCUGGCAGCUUGAUGACAACUCUCGAUCGAGCUGGGAUAUUUUCUGGACAUGUGUGUCAACGAUUCUCGCAUGUACAUGGACAGCUUUGCAUCUUAAAGUUCCAAAGCGAUCCGAACACAAUGGAGACACCAUGUCUGUAAAACCCGCAACUUGGACCUGUGCGCUACUUGCUCCCGAGUUGAUGGCCAUGGUUGCAGUAGGGGAGCUCCGACAGGCAAUGUCGAUUGUUACGCGUUGUAAUUCCGCUUUCAAAGCAUUGGCUAGCAACGAGGACACUUCACGAGACCUUCCUCUACACACUGCAGGUUCAUCUAGCGAUGAACCGUCCUCGCUGAAACGUUGGACAGCAAUCCAGGGGUUUUGUAUCGAUAUGCGCGGUGCCAUACUGGUCACGGAGGAUGAAUGGACCUACCCAGUUCUUCCGAGAAAUGUUGUCCCUCUAAUCGAGACUGGGGUCAUUAAACACUCUCAUUUGAGAGAGCGCGAUAUUCAAGACAGAGCUAAGGCUGACGCUCUUGCAAAGGCGCUCACAAUGCUGCAAACUUUCUGGGUCACCUGCAACAUUAUUGCUCGAGCAGCAUACAAUCUCCCUAUAACACCGCUUGAGAUUUCCACCGUGGCUUAUGCCGUCUGUGCCGCAAUCACAUAUGCGGUCUGGUGGCAUAAACCCAAAGAUAUGAUAACACCGAUUACGAUCUAUUUACCCUACGGUCGUGAAAGCGAUGCAAUGCCUCGUCGGGUAAGAGAUAUUUUGGACGAGCGUCAGUCUGACUGGGUUCACUUAUCCGAAGCUUUUCCUAAAGAUCCUUCACGAUCUGUUUUCAUUAAAACGGUUGCAUUCCCCUUUCGCGCCUUGAUAUUUAUCAUUAGUCUUUGUCUGCCUGUCAAAUGGGUUACAAGAAAGCAUAUGGCCAGGCGCGAUUCCUCAGGGGAUAAAGCCCAUUCCCCGUCUGAAAAGCAUACCAGCAGUGCCGUCUCGGAGGCAAGGGAAUCAGCCACACCGGAGCAGAACUACACAAAAUCAAAGAACAGAAUCAAGGAUGAGGAAGAAAAAAUGUCUGUCAAGGAUAACAUCAUUCUUGAUCUUUGUUCCCUGUUGAUUGCUUUACUGUUUUGCGGGAUACAUCUUGCUGCGUGA